CCAUGUCCUUCCAAGCCCUCCGCGCUGCUGCACGCACCGCCCGCAUUGCGCCUCGCGCUUUCCCCAAAGCAUCCGCUCGCGCCGCCGUGCGCCGCUACACGACCGAGAACGCCGGAAAGAAGAGCUCGAACGUAGCUAUCUACGCCGGUAUCGCUGCCGUCGCGGCUGCUGGCGCUGGCUACUGGGUUUUGACCAGCGACAGUGACGCGGCGAAGGAGGCUGGCACCCUCGCCAAGUCCGGCGCCCAGGUCGCGAAGGCGGCAGCGAACUACACUCCGUCCAAGGAGGACUACCAGAAGGUGUACAACCGCAUUGCGGAGAUCAUCGACGACGCUGGGGAGUACGAUGAUGGCUCUUACGGCCCUGUCCUUGUCCGCCUCGCAUGGCACGCUUCUGGUACCUUUGACAAGGAGACAGGAACCGGUGGAAGCAACUACGCUACUAUGCGUUUCGAGCCCGAGGCCUUGCACGGCGCCAACAACGGCCUGCACGUCGCCCGUGGCCUGAUGGAGAAGGUCAAGGAGGAGUACCCCUGGAUCUCCUACGGUGAUCUCUGGACGCUCGCCGGUGUCGCCGCCAUCCAGGAGAUGGGCGGUCCCAAGAUCCCCUGGCGCCCGGGCCGCAUCGACGGCUUUGCGAAGGACGCGACUCCCGACGGUCGCCUGCCCGACGCGACGCAGGGCGCGGACCAUCUCCGCGCGAUCUUCUACCGCAUGGGCUUCAACGACCAGGAGAUCGUCGCUCUCUCCGGCGCGCACGCGCUCGGCCGGUGCCACACCGACCGCUCCGGGUUCGACGGCCCGUGGACGUUCAGCCCGACGACGCUCACGAACGACUACUUCAAGCUGCUCUUCGACGAGAAGUGGGUGUGGAAGAAGUGGAGCGGUCCGAAGCAGCUCGUGGACAAGAAGACGGGCAGCCUGAUGAUGCUUCCGACCGACUACGUGCUCACGCAGGACAAGAGCUUCAAGAAGUACGCCAAGGCGUACGCGCAGGACCAGGAUCUGUUCUUCAAGGACUUCGCUGACGUCGUCUCCCGCUUGUUCGAGCUCGGCGUGCCGCAGGCGCAGUUCGUCUCUUCCGAGCCGUGGCUGAUGAAGAAGACCGACGAGCAGUCCUGAGCCCCACGCUCGCUAGACGGUUCGCGUAACGCGUUCCGCAGUUUCUCUAGAGAAAGACGGCUUAGAUGCGAUCAUCUAGACUCUAGAUGGGUAGUGCCUCAUGCUUGCUAGAUUCUAUGCUUAGUAGAUGUGCGCAUGCUCCGGUAGAUGUCGGCUAGACGGAUCUCUCUUAGAGAGGCUCGGUCACGUUCCCCCCUCUCCCCAUUCGUCCUCGUCAUUCGUGACGAUCUUUUGGCUUUCUUACUAAUAAAAUCAUUUAGGGGCUGCUGUGUAGUUUCUUUUCCGCUCGUUGUGCUCUUCCGCUGUGCUCUGUCAUCAAUGCAAUUGGUUUUCCC